AUGACAUUCCACGUGUAUGGUGCAUCAAACCCAUUGGGAAAGGGGAUUGUCCAGGGUAGCUUGUCUUGCGAGGGCUGGGACUCAAUAAUGGCAAUCUUCCAGCACCAACAGAGCCUCUCCCCUAUUCGUAGUUUCGUCCAAUGGCAAACCCUUGCUGACUUUGAACGAGGACAACGUGAAGCAGAGGGACGGCGUCGUGGAGCGAGGCCGCCAGUCCUCUUCGGAAGGCACUUUUUGGAUGAUAGCAUUCCGGGCAAUUCGCGAACGACGAGCUUCUCGAUGGGUUCGCCGGGACCCAUAACGCCUCGCAGGCGACAGCCGCCCGAACGAUUGGUAGAUGUCCUGCAACGCGAUGUACGUCCGACGAUGGUGCUGCCUGUGCCAGAUGAUGAAAUCCCAUCUUCGCCUUCCGACGCUCAUCGGCGCAUCGCUCCAGGAAGCGAUCCAAUCGAGGCAGACUUCGGUGUAGCGACGAUUUUAGAGAGGGUCACGGAAUCUGGGCUCGAUUCAUAUCUGGUGAGUUGGCAGCCGACAGAUGUUAGGGCAGAUCAAGUGAUCGAAGAAGAUGGUGAAAGAUUUGUAGACAUUGAUGGCGUGCGAUACGGCCCGGUCGAGGAGAUCUUGGGACUGGAAGAGCAUGCCAAUGGUGCGGAUACAGUCACAGUGGUCUGGCGGGAAUCGUGGAGAUCGGUCUGGAGAUUGGGACGAGCGUUGGGCUGCGUGGCCGAAUACUACAGAACGCAUCCGGAGGAAGACGAAGUACGGAAGUUGCAGCCUCGCUUCUGGAAUUGGUACAAGCUGGAUCCGGAGAAGUUGCGACUCCAGAUUGAGGCGAUGUCUUGGGCCGAAGUGGAACUCGAUGGCAGUGACUUUGAGCCCGAAGACAUCAACUACACAAAGCCCUUGAUGACGCUGUGCAAGCGUCUGCUGAAGCAGAAAGCUCAUCCGUGGGUUCGUCUCCUCAACAUGCCGGUCAUGCGGCUCCUCACAUUCACUCGACGCUGGAUUGAGAAGGGCCACUUUCACAUUGAGCGAAUGUCGAACCUGAAAGCCAUGUUGGUGCACUGUGUUGGCACCGAGAAGAUGGAUCGCUGCAGUGCCUGCGCUGAUCCCCAGGGUGAAGUGCCCUUCAAGGGAUGCGUUGUGGACGAUGCCGAAUUUCGUGGAGCAUGCACCAAUUGUGUCGUGUUGGGAGUACGCGAGACUGAUCCCGCCUCCGUUCAUGCGAACGAAACGGUUCGAGGCCAGCCGGAGACCAGUAAGUCUGAGCGGAAACGAAGCGGCCUGAAUGCUGAUGCUUUGCAGCGGAAGAGUUCGAGACCGGAGAAAGUCAGCCGACUCCGGCCAACGACCGUUCGAGUAACGGAGGAGGAAGACUUCCUGACAGGAGAAAGUCAGCUGAGUCCGGCCAACGACCAUUGGAUGUCGGGAGGUCUGGGUGAUGCUUCCGACAACGACGUGUCGGAAAGAGAAUCAGGCGGACAACCACCUGUCGACAAAUCCGGUAUGAAAAAAAAACCAGUUGAAGUGCCAGACAGCCGCCCCGCAACACCAUGCACGACGGAAGAUGAUGAGCCGAACAAAUUGGCCUCAGAUCCCCAAACAGGAGAGCGGGGUGCGACACAUCAGUCUCCAUGGGCGACUGGCGGACAGGAAUUCUUUUCCAAAGGGUCGAGUGGUCUUUUCGUCACGCCCGAAAGAGAGCGUGAUGGCCCGAAAGCCGAAGCUUCUCGCCACGCCUCACGAUCGGAGUCUGUCUUGGCCUUCCGCCCAGCCUCUCAUGCUGUGUUUGCAGGUCCAACGGCGGGAAGCCUGUGGCCCGAACCGUCCCGGUCGAUGACGAGCGAAGGCCGCAUUGGUUGGGCCCCGGCGAAGAAGAAGCGCAGAGAUGAGGCUCUUCCCACUGCGAGCACUCCGCAGCCGAAGCGCCAACGAGCGUCCUUAGAGCCAAGUACUCCCCGAGUCGGCAAGCACAAGGCAUGCGGGAACAGCUUCACUUGUCUCGAUCGCGAUGUUGGAUGUCCAGACGGCUUGAGUGGAAGAAGCAUGAUCUACAGCAAUCAUCGGUUCGACGGUAGUGGGCAAGCUCACGUGACUUCUUGGCCUGAAGAAUUUUCAUUGCAAUCAACGAAGCCAAUUCAACCGCCGGCAAUGCAGUAUUACGUAAGUAAUCCACUGCGCUGUGCAGACUUCUACAGUAGGAAAGAAUUUUUCCAUCCUACGAGACCUUCAACAAUCGACAACAAUCGACAGUCUUAA